AUGGAGUGGAACAAUAUAGCGCUUUUCAUUUCUGAAAGGAUGUUUUCCCAUUUACUGGUGGUUAUGGUGACUCUAUCAGUCUCUUUGCUGGUGUAUUGUGUCAGUUCUGCACCAAGAGGAGAUAUGCUGCUCCAGCUACUCCACUCAGAAGUAGAACCCAAGGAAAAUGAGCUCCAGGACCUCUCUCGUUUACUCCUGCUGAAGCAGCUCUUUGAAUCUGUGGCACAUCAGGAGACAGAUGUUCUUGCAAGCAUGGAUGAUCUUGAUGUUCAUAAUGAAGUUGUUCGCCAGAUUCCCCUCUUUCAGAGAGAAAGAAAAGCAGGCUGCCGGAAUUUCUACUGGAAGACCUUCACCUCUUGUUAG